AUGUCGCGGCGGGCAGAUCGCCAGCUCCCAGACGUCAAGCAAGUCCGCUUCCGCUGGGGCCGCACGCUGCCUCUCUUUCUCGCCGUCGUCACCCUCUCAUCGCUCGCCAUCUUCAACUACCAGAAAACGUCGUCGCCCAUUGUCGCCUCGACGCUCUACGCGCUGCGAGUCUCACCCCGCGCCCGCGCCCUGCUCGGCAACGACAUCUACUUCAAGCACCCGAUCCCCUGGAUCCGCGGUGAGAUGAACCAGGUGCGCGGCCGCGUCGACAUUGCCUUUUCCGUCCGCGGGAGCCGCGGCUCCGCGACGAUGCGCUUUGCCAGCCGCAGGCCCUCGAGCCGCGCCCUGUUCGAGACGUCCGAGUGGAGCCUGACCAUGGACGACGGCGGCGAGUGGGUCGACCUGCUCGAGGGCGCGGGCGAUCCGUUUCGGGCGCUGCUUGCUGAUGAGCCUCUGGUGGACGACGUCGGCGAUGUUGAGGACGACAAGGCUCUUGCUACGAGGGGGUUUAGACAGCAGGGCGCUUCGUGGAACAAGUGA